UGUCAAUAAAUAUCCCAGUUUGUAUUCUAAUCCUCUGUGUGAGUCUCCUUCCGUAACAGAAGACCGGGCCAACAAAGGAUUCAGCAACAUGAGUGCACCCGACCCGUUCAAGGAGAUCGUGAAUGCUUUCAAACGGAUUCUCAACCCCGCACCAGUCACACCACCUGUCACGCCCGUCACCAACGCCGCCACUUCUUCUUCGACAGUAAUUACCAGUCCCAUGGCCAAACCAGCACCCUUCUCUGGCUCGGCGGAGGAGUGCAAUGGAUUUCUGCUGCAAUGCUCGCUCGAUCUGGAGAUGCAGCCGCAUCUUUACACAACGGAUAAAGCCAAGAUUGCGUUCAUCAUAUCCCUGCUGACAGGACGAGCACUCCAGUGUGCCGAGACCAUCUGGUCCCAAGCCGAACUCUCGCAGCGGCCAGCAGCUGGAAUGAGCGCGCACUCCUCACCGCCUACCGGCAGGGAUUAGAAUCGAGAGUGAGACUUCAGCUCGCUGCCUAUGAUGACUCCUAUGGUUUGGAACGAUUUAUACAGCUGUCCAUCCGGUGCGCUAGUCAUAUUCAGUCUUGUUUCGAAUAACAUCGACUCUCACCAUUCACUCCACUCCUUCGCCGGCCAGACACCAUCAGCCCUCCAGAACCAGGUCACGAGCCCAUGCUGGUGGAUAACACUCGACUCUCUUCAUUGGAACAGCAGAGACGGCUGACCCAGGGCUUAUGUCUGUACUGUGGAGCUGGUGGGCAUGUAAUCGCGGCAUGCCCAAUUUGGCCACCACGACCCAUGGUGAGUGUCAUUAAGUCAUCGAUAGUCAAUAUGCAGCCCCUCACCUCUGUUGUGAAUCUUACUGCCUCCGGUAUUUCCCUUCCAGUACACGCCCUCCUCGACUCUGGGUCAGUCGGGAACUUCAUCUCCGGGAAUCUCUGCCGCCAGCUUAAGCUCAUGACCACUGCCACCAAAACCACCUACCAGGUCCAAUCGGUGACGGGAAAACCACUUAGCCAAAGGCAUGUGCGCCACUGUGUUGGUCCUCUCCACUUACAAGUUGGACAGUUACACGAGGAAACUCUGCAUCUCCUGCCACUGAAGCCUUUGAAGCCCUCAAGAAAGCCUUCACCUGUGCACCGCUCCUCAUCCAUCUAGACCCCAACAGGCCCUUCGUUGUGGAGGUGGACGCUUCCACUACCGGGGUAAGGUUCCACUACCUUCUGUCUCAGCAGCAGGGGUCUCCAGCCAAACUUCAUCCAUGUACCUUCUUCUCUCGCAAACUCAGCCCAGCGGAGAGAAACUACGAUAUCGGCAACAGGGAACUCCUUGCCAUUAAGCUGGCCCUGGAGGAAUGGAGGCAUUGGUUGGAGGGUGCACAACAUCCAUUCAUUGUCCUCACUGACCACAAAAAUCUGCAAUAUCUGUGAGACGCCAAGAGACUUAAUCCUCGCCAGGCACGAUGGGCACUCUUUUUCACUCGAUUCAAUUUUACCAUCUCCUAUCGUCCAGGUCCCAAAAAUGUGAAAGCGGACGCUCUCUCUCGUCUUCAUGUUCUUGAAGAGGUCAGUGAGGAACCGGAAUCCAUUAUCUCCAAGGAAAUCAUCGUAAGCCCCAUCCAAUGGUCCCCCAAUCCAGCCGCCGCCUCCUCCAAUGCUUCCACGGCCACUCUGCUGGGCUGUCCACAAGGAUUGCAGUAUGUCACCAGAGCACAACGCACUCCCCUGAUUCACUCCGCUCACACUUCUCUGGGCACUGGCCACCUUGGGGCCAACAACACCAUCUCGCUGCUGAAGGAUCGCUUCUGGUGGCCCAAUAUGGCCAGGGAUGUGACAAGGUUCGUCCAAGGCUGUUCCGACUGUGCCAUCGCCAAGAGCCCACGCCACCUACCAUCUGGCAAACUUCUUCCGCUGCCCGUUCCCAACCGCCCCCUGGUCACACCUAGGAGUUGACUUCAUCACAGAUCUGCCGGCCUCGGAGGGUAAUACAUGUGUUCUAGUAGUCAUUGAUCGAUUUUCUAAAUCCUACCGUCUUCUCCCUCUCAAAGGUCUACCCACAGCUAUGGAAAACGCUGAGAUCAUGUUUAACAACAACUUCAGAUAUUACGGGAUCCCAGAAGACAUUGUCUCAGACACAGUGGCCCACAGUUCAUUUCCAGGGUAUGAAAGGCCUUUUUCUCUCUCCUAGGUGUGACCAUAAGCCUCUCGUCGGGAUACCACCCCGAGUCCAACGGGCAGACGGAGAGGAAGAUCCAGGAAGUUGGACGUUUCCUGCUAACCUUCUGCCAUGGCCACCAGAACUCUUGGAGCCAGUUCCUAGGCUGGGCCGAGUACGCGCAGAGCUCUCUUCGCCAGCCAUCCACUGGACUCACUCCCUACCAGUGCGUACUCUGUUACCAGCCGCCCCUAUUCCCCUGGUCGGGGGAGCCGUCUGAUAGUCCCAUCUGUCGAUUACUGGUUCCGAGAGAGCAAGAGGGUCUGGGACGCAGCUCACCAUCAGCUUCAGCGGGCAGUGCACAGAAGCAAGACGACAGCAGACCUUAGAAGGGCUAAAACUCCAUCAUACCAACCUGGUCAGAAGGUCUGGCUGUCAACAUGGGACAUCAGGAUGCGCCUGCCCUGCAAGAAGCUCAGUCCCAGAUAUGUUGGCCCCUUCACCAUCAUUAAGCAGAUAAACCCAGUCACGUACCAACUUCAGCUUCCUUCACAGUAUAAGAUUCACUCUUCCUUCCAUGUUUCACUGCUCAAACCUUACCAUCCUCCUGUUUCUGUCUCCACAGAGCCUGGCCCGACAGAGGAACCCCCUCUUCCAUUAAUCCAGGAGGACGGCACCAUCUACAAGGUCAAC